AUGGAUAAAGAUAUAGCAAAGUUGAAAUCCUUGAUAACUCUAAUUGCUGAAAAUACAGCUGUGAAAGAAGUGCCUUUUUCAAUUGUAAGCUCAAAAAGCAUUGGAUAUAUAUCCCUACGUCAAUUUGAGGGAUUAUCUCAUAAUCUUUUUCCUUCUAUCAUUCGGUCUUGGAUGUCCCCAAUAAUGAAUCCCAUCUCUUAUAUUCAUUCGUUUUGCAUGGAUAUGGAGGAUAAUACGAUUGAUAUUGCACCAUUGCUUAGCACCCUUACAAAUAUUCAAAGUGUUUUGGUAGCAUGUGACACCGAAUUUGAAUUAUCUAAGCGAGUGAAAAAUAUUUUGGUUGAAUAUUUCGCGAAUAUUAUAGAAUCAGGAAUUUCAAAGCAGCACUUCAGGUGUUCUUUGAUUGGUGUUGGAGCAUACCAUCAAUUCUUCAAUGCAGUCAGCGAUAACAUAUCUCAGGUAUUGUCAAGCAGUGAUUCUUGUGAUGUUUGUCUCCCAGCUGUGAAUGAUCCUUAUUGUUUGGCCCAUAUGGGUGAGGGACACUCUGUUUCUUUCGUUGUGCCUGAAGAUGGUGAUAUGAAAGGAAUGAUUUUGUGUGUUGUUUAUUUAUCAACUCCUAAGAUCAUUGAACCUGAAUUUACUACUGUCGUAAUUGUUAAUUACACAAAGUGUACAUUCCAUAUACACAAUCAUGGCACAGUAAUUUCCUUUAAUGACGAAGAUUGGCAUGGCAUAAUGUCAAAUUUAGAAUCUGGAGACAAUGUGGAGAUUUUUGUGAACUUCGGUAAUGGAUUGGUGGUAAAGAACACAACGGUGUAUCUCAUAUGUGGUGAAUCAAAGAACAUGGAAAAGCGUCUGAGCCAAAGAAACAUUCUCUCAUUAGAUUCAUAA